GCGCGCUGCAGUGCUGCUGCAUCCGGCUGCAGCGCAUCCUCCGACGAAGUCCGCUUCUCUUCUUCGAGGUCUUCCUCGAGCCACGGCAGGUCGCUGGUUGGUUCUUUACGAACGCCCCGAGAUGCUGUCCAUUCCUGUGGCUUUGGUCCUCGCGACCACGGUGGUCUUCGCCGAAGUUCCCUCGUAUAUCAAGGUCUGCGGUCGCCGGAAUCCCAAUCUGGACCAAUGCGUGAUCGACAGCGUGAACGCUCUUCGGGAUAAACUUAAAGAAGGCAUCCCAGAACUGGAUGUGCCCUCGGCGGAGCCCCUCGUGGUCGAUAAAGUCAUCUUCUCGGACACGAACGAAUUCAAGGCCGUCGCAGAGCCUGUUGAGCUCCGCGGUCUGACAAGCUUCAAUCUGAAGACCGUCCAUGUCGACCUGGAGAAGAAGCAAAUCGACCUGACGGCGGAUUUCGACUCCAUUAAACUGGACGCCAUCUACGACGUUCAUGCCAAGAUCCUCGUCAACUUCGUCGGAAAAGGACCCAUCAAGAUCAACGUCGAGGGUGUGGACAUCAAGGUAACUCUCAACUACGAGCUGGUGGACCACAAAGGGAAGCAGUACGUCUACUUCCCCACCAUGAGCCUGAAGUUGAACGUGAAGGACUUCAAGUCCGUCUUCACGCCUCCACCUGGUACCGACAAGACCUUGGCAGAGAGUAUCAACACUGUCAUGUCUACAAAUCGACAGGAAGUGCUGAAGACCAUCAAUCCCAACCUGGAGAAGGCCAUCUCCGAGCGGGUCCUCCAGGUGGCCAACAUGAUCUGCAAGAAGUUCACCUUCGACGAGCUCUUCCCCGACCGGGAGUAGAGCUGCGAUCGAUCGAUCACCUAUCGAUGAUCACUUCCGGCCUCUGGUUCCUGGUCUUCGGGAUCCAGUCGAGAUAGAAUUGCCCCUGUGAGCUCGAGGUUGUCCUGAACGCUCUUCGAGGCAUCUUCAAGAUCCUGGAACCAACCGACCUGUCUGGUGCUCCCAGAAAUUCGACCUUCGCACUUCCUCUACGUGCAAAAUCAAAACCUUCUCCUUCUCCUAGAAUGGCGCUUCGAUUUUUGAGGGAUCCGUUUUAUGAUCUUCGUCGAAACCAAACCUUGAAUAGGAAAUCAUGAAUAAUAAGUGUAUUCAUUUUGUAUAGCAAUUAAUAGGGAAUUGUUGCACCGCUGGAUCGCUGCAAGCGCAGUCCUAGUUACGUUGUUGGAAAAUAAAUACUCAGUUGUUAUCAGA